CUCUGAAACAUACUUGAUCAUUCCUCUCUUGACACCAAAGAGUAACAGUUGGCACUGGAUUUUGUGUGCUUUUUAGUCUUGGGAUGACAUUGACAACAGAAGAGGUUCAAGUUGGGAUGGAUGUAAUUGACCUGCUGCUCAGAAGCACAAAUGAGCAGACCAACAGUUAUCACAAUAACAACCAUAUGUGGGCCCUAAACAUUCAAGACAGUCCCAGCCCUGGGGAGAGCAGUGGUAAUGACUUCCUGGAAAGCCUGCUGGGUGGCAGCGAUUGCUCCUCAGCUCCUGCCUCCCCCCUGUGGUCACCCUGCACCUCCUACAGGGCCAGCAGUGAAGACCACAUCGGAUGUCCUACAGAGAACCAGGCUACCCUCAGGCCUGUAUCAGAAUGUGCUACGCUGUGGCCCUCCGAAAUGGACAUCUAUCCAGCUCCAAGCAAAGUGAAGAUGGAAAGGACUUCUGAUGUUGCAAUUGAUCUAGGUUGUGAUUGUACUGACCUGGAGGAGAAAUUUGGACUGGUGUACUACCUCAAAGCAAAUCAUCCGUCUGCACGGCCAUCCAGUCAGUCUGUCACUGUGAAGGACCUGCUCCUAUCCAACCUCGGACACAAAGGCCAAAACAUGUCACAGCAGUCUCCACCAGAGCUGGUGCUUGAUGAAGAUGAGAAAAGACUUCUGGCGAAAGAAGGAGUGACUCUUCCCAGUAAAUUGCCCCUCACCAAGUUUGAAGAGAAGGUUUUGAAGAAGAUCCGUCGGAAAAUCCGUAACAAGCGCUCUGCUCAGGAAAGUCGGAAAAAGAAGCGGGAAUAUGUUGAUAGUCUCGAGGGAAGGAUGUCUGCCAGCAAUGCCCACAACCUCCAGCUGCAGAAAAGAAUCCAGCAAUUAGAAGAAACUAACAAGGCUCUGUUAGAUCAGCUAAACCAGCUACAGGCUGUACUUGCUAACAGCUUUAAGAAGGCAACACACAGAGGGACAUGUAUAUUGGUUUUGCUCCUGUCCUUCUCCCUCAUCAUUUCCUCAAAUCUGCAGCCAGACCCUUCCAGCCAAGUGAGCCAGAGAGACUUCACAGAGACACAAGUGGUGUCACGUUCCCUGCAGUCCAUCCAAGUGCAGGACGCCCCCGCUCGGCCGCCCCUCUUUGCCCUCAGGGGGGUAGAGGUGUUGCGCAGUGGGAUGGAGAGGAUUUGGUCCUGGGCACAAGUGGCCACAGUGGAUCACAGGCACCAGGACUAUGCGUGAUCUCAAAGAGCUCCACCCUGCCGCAUUACCACCCAAGAGGGAGUCCGAGUGUUGGCCUGCUGCUAAUGCAAAUGCAGCAUCCAUACGAGCACAUUUCUAAGCCUGUUCCUAAAGGAGCCUGGGAUAAUAGUCAUCAUCAGCUCUAUAUCUUGGCAGUUGACAGUCUAUGCCAUGUAUUUAUGAUAAAGGUGAAAGAGACACUUCUGUGUCACUGUAUUGUAAAU